AUGGUGACCGUCUCCGGUACUAAAGUGAAAAUUGUAAAGAAGAAGGUGACGAAGUUCAAGAGACAUGAGUCUGAGAGGUAUCACCGGCUGAAGCCCAACUGGCGUAAGCCAAAGGGUAUUGAUAACCGUGUUCGUCGACGCUUCCGAGGAAUGCGAGCUAUGCCCACCAUUGGUUUCGGAUCAGACAAGAGAACAAGAUUCGUACUUCCAUGUGGCUACAAAAAGGUUCUCGUCAGGAAUGUUAAGGAUCUCGACAUGCUUCUCAUGCAAUCCUUCCGAUACAUCGGCGAGGUUGCGCAUACUGUAUCUGCUCAGUCAAGGAAAGCUAUUGUCGAACGUGCUGCACAAUUGAACAUUAAGUUAACAAAUGGUCAUGCACGCAUCCGCACCGAGGAGAGCGAGUAA